CACUAUAAAAGCAGUGUGAACUAUCGUACGAGUCGCACUUGAGUGAAGUCGAACCACUUUGUAUGAGAUCAGAGGUAAGCAGAAAUGACGUGCAUGCUGUAAAACACCAAACAAGCUCUUGCUUCUGAAGUUACGACUAAGUUUGCACAGUUUCUGCCCAAACGGGGAACAUUUGGCUUUCUGCAAGCAUGAAAGCCCAUGUUGUAGCGGCGCUGGCGUUGCUGUCUAUUUGCUUCGUUGUUGGACAGGAAGACAUUUCACCACCACUUCCAGAUGAAUUUUUAAUACCUCCUGAGAAUGUACCCGAAACGGAAAAGGGGUUUGAUACUGGGUAUUUAAUCAUGGUACCUAAGAAGAUGACAGCAGGGACAACGGAGGUAAUCUGCGUCCAACUGUUAAAUAUGACGCAGCCAAUCACCCUUUCCAUUAGCCUCCUAGACGUUGAAGAGGCCAUUGCUGCCAUACCGCCCUACUUCAUGGAGUUUCCUUAUGCCUGUCUUGAUCUGGAGGUACCAGUUAUUGAUGGAGAAACAAAGGCAGUGAAAUUUUACGUAGAGGGACAAGCCGAGUAUGACACAACUCAAAACUUCAACAACAGCAAGAACAUUUUGAUAGCAGGAAACAAGUGGGAAAGUUUCAUCCAAACGGACAAGUCAAUUUACAAACCGGGCCAAACAGUGAAGUUUCGCAUGAUUACUAUUGAUGAAAACCUCAAGCCGGACCUGUCCAAGAUUUCAAAAAUUUGGGUUGAAGCUCCCAGUGGAACUCGCAUGUCUCAGUGGUUAGAUGUUGAAACAGAAGAGACUGACGGCCUUGCUGACCUGGAGCUACCUAUGACCUCUGACCCAGCCCUUGGUGAAUGGAAGAUCAAAGCUGUCCAUCAGGGCAAGACUAUUGAGCAGAAGUUUACUGUGGAUGAAUAUGUUCUGCCCAAGUUUGAGAUUGAUAUUCAAGCACCAUCUUUUAUUCUGAUCAAUGAGACCAAAAUUGACACGAGGAUUUGCGCCAAAUACACUUAUGGACAGCCUGUUAGAGGUUCCUUGAAGGCAUCCUUCUCGGUCUUGAGUGAUGGCUGGAGUGCAAGGCCAAGAGCAACCAUAAGAUAUGAUAUUGAGGAUACUGGGAAAGAUGGGUGCCAGGAUAUCAUUGUGGAAGUGUUUCGCCUUGAGUUGAACAGCACUGACUUUGGUCUUUGGAAUGGUAGAAUUAGUGCAGCAGUUGUCUUUACAGAGAAGGCAACAGGCAUUGAGCUAUCCGAAGAGAAGGAGGUGACCAAGAUAUCUCUAGAUGCACUUAAUCUCAAGUUCCAAGCACCUUCAACAUAUAAGCCAGGAGUACCAUACCAUGGAAAGAUCUUUGUGACAAACCCUGACGGCACACCAGCAGGGGAUAGGACCAUACAAUUAACAGCUGAUACGAAUGAGGGACAAAUCUUUAAGGAAACCAUCGUGUCUCCACCAAACGGAGUCAUUGACUUCACUGCAAGGAAUAUCUCCAUCCAAGCAUCCUCACUCAGUCUCUAUGCAGUGGCACCAGGUUACAGCAACAGCCCUAGUGAGUAUGACACCAGGUAUAGAUUCCGCUACAUGAUUGACCCAUCUGUGUCCUUCGGAGCUCAACCUCAGUAUUCUCCAACCAGUAGUUUCAUCAAGAUCACACCAAUCUUAGAGACUGUCGCCAUUGGCUCCGUUCAGACCCUGAAUAUUGACUUCACUGCCAGGGAUAGUGAGAAAGAUGGUAUCAAAUUCAACUUUCUGUUCAUGUCAAGAGGAAACAUACUGAGGGAAUCAGUUGAUGCGAUCCUUGGUGAAGAUUCUGAAACCCUAAGACGUGCUGCCAGGCAGGCUGAGGGAGAAGCCUUGGAACCAGAAAUCGCUAUAGAGCCAUCUAUCAUGAUUGAUCCUUUCAUAGUAGAGUCAUCUAUAGAGCCAUCUAUUAUAAUAGAACCAUCUGAUUUUUUGGUGGAAGAAUCUGAACUCUCAACAGAGAAGCCGGUUAUUAUCGUCAAGCCUGGAGAGCUGAACACCGUCAAGGCAACCUUCACUGUCACCCCAGAGAUGAUGCCUGUAGCUCGUGUCAUGGUACAUUACAUUAGGAAGGAUGGAGAGGUCGUGGCCGACACAAUGACCUUCAAUGUACAGCAAGUCUUUGAGAAUGAGGUAACCAUGGAGUUUGUUGAUGAGGAAGCUCUGCCAGGAGACAUGACAAAACUGAAGAUCCAGGCCGCUCCUGGUUCACUUUGCGGAGUAGGAGUCGUCGACAAGAGUGUCCAGCUACUUGGGGGAGACAACCAACUGAAGAGAAGCAAGGUGUUUUCUUCCUUGGAGAAACAUCAACUUUCUGAAAAAGAUGGUGAGCUCGACAAGAGCGAGCACUGCCCUCCUGACUUUCCAUGGUGGGCAGGUAGGAGAAAGCGUUCAACCUUCUACAACCCACGUCAAACAUAUGAAGAUGCAUCCCUGGCAUUCAAGCAAAUGGGUCUUGUGUUCCUGACUAACAUUCAAGUAGAGACACGCCCUUGCCAAUCUAGGGACAUUUACUACCGAGGAAGAGGCAUACCAGUAUUCGAUGGAGUACCAGAGGCAGUGGCAGUUCCAUUAGUAUUUGACGAUGUGCAAUUUAGCAUAGCAGUAGAGACACAAGAUUCACAAGCUGCUGGACCUGUCGAGGAGGAAGAUGACGUCCCAGUAACAGUCAGAACUUACUUUCCCGAGACAUGGCUCUGGGAUCUCACCAGAAUAAGCUAUGACUCCAGCCAAGCUGAAGUUGAAGUGGAGGUCCCAGACACAAUCACUGACUGGGUGGGAAGUGGAUUCUGCUUGUCAACUGAGUAUGGAAUUGGUGUUUCUAACCCUACCACACUGCGAGCCUUCCAGCCAUUCUUUGCCUCCUAUAAUCUUCCGUACUCAGUUAUUCGCGGGGAGGAGGUGCCGGUAUCUGUUACAGUCUUCAACUAUCUUUCCGAGUGUCUUGUUGUGAAAUUGACACUGCAAGAGUCCAGCGACUUCCUCUUAAAGGACAAAGACAAUGAGCAGCGUCUCUGUGUGUGCGGUGCAGAAUCCAAGACGGCAGUAUUCAAUGUCUCCUUCUCAGAGCUUGGAAUGGUACCAAUCGAAGUUCAUGCCGUCUCUGUGGAGGACCUGAAUGCUUUGUGCGGUAAUGAUGCAGUCAGCUCUAGCCGAACUGGAUUCAGUGAUGGCAUUCGCAAAGAACUACUAGUUGAGGCUGAAGGAGUGGAGGAGGAGUAUACCAUCAACUCGUAUUUCUGCCCCGAAGAAACUGGUGUAUUUAUUUCCGGAGAAGACCUGGCUUUACCCAACAAUGUAGUCAAGGAUUCGCAGCAAGCUAAAAUUACACUUACAGGUGAUCUGAUGGGUCCAACUUUAUCCAACUUGGACAAACUCCUGCAGGUGCCAACAGGCUGUGGAGAGCAGAACAUGCUUGGUAUGGUACCCAACAUCCUUGUCAUGCAGUAUCUUGAGAGUACAGAGCAACUUACCCCUAAUGUCGCUGAUAAGGCCAAAAGUAACAUCAAAACUGGCUACCAGCGAGAGCUGAACUAUCGCCGUAAUGACAACUCCUACUCCGCCUUUGGGAUGAGCGAUCCAGAAGGAAGUACGUGGCUGACGGCGUUUGUCAUGCGCUCAUUUGCUCAAGCGAAGGAGUUUGUCUUUGUUGAUGAGGAGGACAUGAAUGUCAGUAUUGCGUGGUUGAAGAGCAGACAGAAUGAAAGUACUGGAUGCUUUAGAUCACAGGGAAAGCUUUGCCACAAAGCCAUGUCGGGUGGAGUAAACAAUGAGUUGACUUUGACUGCCUACAUUGUCAUCACAAUGCUUGAAGCAGGAAUCCCAGAAACAGAUCCAGCAGUAGUGGAUGGAUUAAGAUGUCUCGUUGAUGGUAUCCCAAAUCUGAUAGACACUUACACCACAACUCAGAUGGCAUACGCCUUGGCCCUUGCCUCCAGCCCUGACCUCCCUGCUGUCAUGACAAAAUUGGAAGAUGCUGCAACUAACGAAGGUGGCCUGAAGUACUGGAAGUCAAACCGUCCCCAAUCUGUAGAUACCUACGGCUACCACGGUGUACCUGCCCAGGAUAUUGAGAUGACUGGGUAUGCUCUACUGGCUUACAUUGAGCAGUCUGAAGGAGGGGAUGCCAUCAUCAGUGGUAAUCCAAUCUCUCGAUGGAUCGUGUCUCAGAGGAACUCACUCGGUGGAUUCUCCUCGACACAGGAUACAGUGAUCGGCUUGCAAUCUCUUGCCUCUUAUGCAGAAUUGGCCUUCACCGGUGGCGUCAAUAUCCACCUGAAGGUUCGAACCCAUCCCCAGCGCCGCAUCCAAAGUUUCCACGUGACCCAUUCCAAUCGGUUGAUCAUGCAAGAGAUGGUCCUGAAUGCCAAGAAUAUUCCGACCAGGGUACACUUCGAGGGCAGAGGAUUGGGAUGUGCUCUUUUGCAGACUGCUGUAACUUACAACGUUAUUCCCAAGAAGCCAACGACACCAGCCUUUACAAUCUCCCACAGAAUACGGGAAGUGAAGACGGCCAAACGUUGCUUCAUGUAUUCCAUGCAAGUCUGCACAAGCUACACUGGUGAUGAUGAGGUAUCCAACAUGGCACUUCUGAGAGUCAAGAUGCUGACUGGGUUUGUCCCAGUCAAGUCCACUUUAUCCGCCACUGCCUUGAAACGUCAAUCUAAGGCUUUCAGGAAGGUGGAGCUGGACGGCAAGAUGAUCAACAUCUACUUUGAUGAGUUGACUGCCGACGAGACCUGCCUUGUUUUCAGUGUAGAGAAGAGCAUUGAUGUUAAGGACAUUAAAGAUGGAUCGGUUACGGUUCUGGAUUACUAUGAGCAAAGUUUAUUCCUAACUGAGAUGGUUAAGCUUACCUGCCCAGAGAUACCCGAGUACCUUGAUCCCACCUUCCGUGACACAGAUGACGUUGAGCCUAUUGGACCACUUGAGCCUAGGCCCUUAGCUCCUAUAGCCUUUGAUGAAUCUCCUUUAGGAGGACUGGGAAGAGCCGUUCCUCUUGAUACAAGACCCCCUCUGAUCGAUGAACCUGUAUUAAUUCCAGACCUUGAUAUUACAGCUUUCAACAGGUGCCCUCAGGGUAAAGUAUUUGCUGCAGGUGUCAAGAAAUGUGUCACCCCAGAACGAAGUGAAUGCCUCGGUGGUAUGAAGUGCGCAGAUGGCUACAGAUGUGCGAACAGGGAAGGUGGCCAAGUGUGCAUUGAUAUUGAUGAGUGUGCAGAGUAUGAUGAUAUCUGUAAGGACAAUGCCAUCUGUACAAACAUUGAGGGAAGCUUUCUCUGUGCUGUACUGGACUGUGGUAAAGGCUACAAAAUGGCUUCAAGUGGUCACUGUGAAGAUCGGAAUGAAUGCGAAGAAGAGCCAGAUGUAUGUGGGUUGUUUGGUAUCUGUAUCAACAUGGAUGGUAGCUUUGACUGCAUUGAAAUCAAAGUGGAAUGCAUCGAUGGAUUCACGUUGGGUUCAGACAACCUGUGUGUCGACAUAGACGAAUGCGCAGAGACUCCAGAUAUUUGUGGGCUGGGUAACAUUUGUGAGAAUACACCAGGAAGCUAUGUAUGUGCCAUUCUUGACUGUGGUGUCGGCUACCAGAAGGAUGGUGAAGGAACUUGCAAGGAUGAAGACGAAUGUGUAGAGACACCAGAUAUUUGUGGCCUAGGUAACAUCUGUGAGAAUCUUCCAGGAUCUUAUAUUUGUGCCAUUGUGGACUGUAGUAUUGGUUUCCGGAAGAAUGAAGAAGGAAUAUGCAUUGAUAUUGCAGUUGACCCACCGAUUGAAGAAUUUUGCAAACUUCCUAUGGUGACCGGCUUAUGCCGAGGCAGAUUCCCCAAAUUUGGAUAUGACCCAGAAUCUAAGACCUGCUUGGAGUUUGUUUAUGGAGGAUGUGAAGGCAAUGACAAUAAAUUUGACGAUGCUGAGAGCUGUAUGAAAGUCUGUAGUCCCAAAGACCCACCAAAACCAGAACCUGAGCGUGUGAUUCCAACUGGUAAACCAGAAUACUGUCAGCUUCCCAGAGUGACAGGCCUUUGCCGUGGAUAUUUCCCCAAAUUUGGUUUCAAUAAGGAAACAGGACUCUGUGAGGAAUUUGUCUAUGGAGGCUGUGGCGGCAACGACAAUAAGUUUGCUAGUUCUGAUGAUUGUAUGAAUGUAUGUGGAGACAAACAACCUGUUGAUGUCAGCCCACCAGUGGUCUUCCCAGAGAUGUGCACACUGCCCAUGAUGAGGGGCUUCUGCGGAGGGAAUGAAGUGAUGUUUGGUUUUAACCCUGAGACUGGAGAGUGUGAACAGUUCAUCUGGGGUAGCUGUGGAGGUAAUAUCAACCGCUUUGAGACUGUGGAUGAGUGUACAGCAACCUGUGGAUCAGUCCCUCAAGGUAUCCCACCAAUGACUCUCAAGAAAUACACCGAUGAGAAGAUUGGUGUAUGUCCCAGGAUCAUUGAUAGUCUGGGUCCAUGCCCAAGAGAGUGUAUGGGUGAUAAUGCUGAAUGCCCAGGGGACCGUCUGUGCUGUUUCAAUGGAUGUGGAUUUGAGUGCAUGCCGUUUAUGCUUGUAGAACCCCCAGAGCCUAAGGAAGGACUUUGCCCUGCAGUCAGUCCCGAUGAGAUCUAUGAAUGCAGUAGUGACGCCAAAACAGAAUGCUUUGCUGAUUAUAAUUGCGACGGGGACAUGAAGUGUUGUCAGGAUGGCUGUAAUUCUGUGUGCGUUGGACCAUCAACCGCAGUAAUCGAACCAGAAGUUACUGAUUCAGAUUCUCCCAAGCCGGGUCUUUGCCCAAAAGUGUCUAUUGAGACUGUUGGAAUCUGUGAAGAGAGCUGUUAUGAUGAUUAUGCUUGUCCUGAUGACCAGAAAUGUUGCAGCAAUGGCUGUGGGCACAGUUGUAUGCCUGCUUACAAUCCUAGUGUUCAUGAAUAUGGUGAAUGUCCAACUAUGGUAGAGACUGGAGACUGCCCUAGUGAGUGCACUGUGGACUCUGACUGUGGAAGAGGUAUUUGCUGCUACACUGGAUGUGGAUAUGCCUGUGCCAAUCCAAUCAUUGUGGACCCAGUCCCUGUAUUGCCAGGGCCUUUACAUGUAUGCCCUCUGCUGCCUGAGUUUACAGCAGGACCCUGCGCAGAUUUCUGUUCAUUUGACUAUGACUGUAAGGAAGAGGAGAAAUGUUGCAGCAAUGGAUGUGGUUACCAGUGCAUGCCAUAUACUGAAAUUGAAAUUAUUGAACCAGAACGUGUUGGACCAAUCGUCCCUGAGCCAGUUGUUCCUUACCUGGGUGAAUGCCCCUUUGUAGAACCUUCUUCUGGAUUUGGUAUCUGUGUUGAAGAAUGUAAUAAUGAUGAUGGAUGUUCUGGUGGUAAGAUAUGCUGCUCCAAUGGAUGUGGACAUACUUGUAUGGAGCCAGUAACUGAAUUUGAACUGAAGCCUGUUGUUCUAAAACUUGGGGAGUGUCCAGCCCUUGAACCGGCCGGCUUUGGGUUUGGAAUCUGCAUCCAGGAAUGUGAGGACGAUAGCGGAUGUUCUGGUGAUAAGAAAUGCUGUGCUAAUGGAUGUGGACGGACUUGCUUGGAUGCAUUCAUUGCACCUGAGCCAGCUGCUCCCAAGCCUGGGGAGUGUCCAAUCCCAGAAGAUGCUGGCUUUGGGUUUGGUAUCUGUAUUCAAGAAUGCGAUGACGAUAGCGGAUGUGCUGAUGAGAAGAAAUGCUGCGCCAAUGGCUGCGGACGAACUUGCUUGGCACCCAUCAUUGCACCAGAGCCAGCUGCUCCCAAGCCUGGGGAGUGUCCGAUCCCAGAAGAUGCUGGCUUUGGGUUUGGUAUCUGUAUUCAAGAAUGUGAUGACGAUAGCGGAUGUGCUGAUGAGAAGAAAUGCUGCGCUAAUGGAUGUGGACGGACUUGCUUGGAGCCCAUCAUUCUUCCUGAGCCGGUUAUUCCUAAGCUUGGUGAAUGCCCCAUUGUAGAACCUUCUUCUGGAUUUGGUAUCUGUGUUCAAGAAUGUGAUAAUGAUAACGGAUGUUCUGGUGAGAAGAAAUGCUGCUCCAAUGGAUGUGGAAAUACUUGCAUGGAUCCAUUAUUGCCAGAAGUUAAAGGUUGCAAGGCAAUACGUGAGGAGGUAUUGUCAUCUAGACGCCUUGGUGCCUUCAUUCCUGACUGUACUGAAGAGGGUUUAUACGUACCACUACAAUGCCAUGGCAGCACUGGUUACUGCUGGUGUGUUAAUGAAAUGGGUGAAGAGAUCUUGGAAACUAGACGAGGACCUGGAGAAGACAGGCCAGACGGUUUUUGUGAAGUCCUCCCUGAGCCAGUUAUUCCUAAGCUUGGUGAAUGCCCCAUUGUAGAACCUUCUUCAUUUGGUAUCUGUGUUCAAGAAUGUGAUAAUGAUAACGGAUGUUCUGGUGAGAAGAAAUGCUGCUCCAAUGGAUGUGGAAAUACUUGCAUGGAUCCAUUAUUGCCAGAAGUUAAAGGUUGCAAGGCAAUACGUGAGGAGGUAUUGUCAUCUAGACGCCUUGGUGCCUUCAUUCCUGACUGUACUGAAGAGGGUUUAUACGUACCACUACAAUGCCAUGGCAGCACUGGUUACUGCUGGUGUGUUAAUGAAAUGGGUGAAGAGAUCUUGGAAACUAGACGAGGACCUGGAGAAGACAGGCCAGACGGUUUUUGUGAAGUCCUCCCUGAGCCAGUUAUUCCUAAGCUUGGUGAAUGCCCCAUUGUAGAACCUUCUUCAUUUGGUAUCUGUGUUCAAGAAUGUGAUAAUGAUAACGGAUGUUCUGGUGAGAAGAAAUGCUGCUCCAAUGGAUGUGGAAAUACUUGCAUGGAUCCAUUAUUGCCAGAAGUCCUCCCUGAGCCAGUUACUCCAAAGCUUGGUGAAUGCCCCAUUGUAGAACCUUCUUCAUUUGGUAUCUGUGUUCAAGAAUGUGAUAAUGAUAACGGAUGUUCUGGUGAGAAGAAAUGCUGCUCCAAUGGAUGUGGAAAUACUUGCAUGGAUCCAUUAUUGCCAGAAGUUAAAGGUUGCAAGGCAAUACGUGAGGAGGUAUUGUCAUCUAGACGCCUUGGUGCCUUCAUUCCUGACUGUACUGAAGAGGGUUUAUACGUACCACUACAAUGCCAUGGCAGCACUGGUUACUGCUGGUGUGUUAAUGAAAUGGGUGAAGAGAUCUUGGAAACUAGACGAGGACCUGGAGAAGACAAGCCAGACGGUUUUUGUGAAGUCCUCCCUGAGCCAGUUACUCCGAAGCUUGGUGAAUGCCCCAUUGUAGAACCUUCUUCAUUUGGUAUCUGUGUUCAAGAAUGUGAUAAUGAUAACGGAUGUUCUGGUGAGAAGAAAUGCUGCUCCAAUGGAUGUGGAAAUACUUGCAUGGAUCCAUUAUUGCCAGAAGUCCUCCCUGAGCCAGUUACUCCAAAGCUUGGUGAAUGCCCCAUUGUAGAACCUUCUUCAUUUGGUAUCUGUGUUCAAGAAUGUGAUAAUGAUAACGGAUGUUCUGGUGAGAAGAAAUGCUGCUCCAAUGGAUGUGGAAAUACUUGCAUGGAUCCACUAAUGCCAGAAGUUGAUCCUGUUGGACCCGAAAUCGGUGGACCUGAACCCGUUGGACCUGAGCCUGUUGGACCUGAGCCCGUUGGACCUGAACCCGUUGGACCUGAACCCGUUGGACCUGAGCCUGUCGUACCGUUACCAGUCGACCCACAAGGUAGUGCCCCCAAGCCUGGUGUUUGCCCAAUGGUUGACUUUGCUACUGUAGGUGUGUGCUCACAAGAAUGUGAUGAUGACAGUGGAUGCGAGGGUGAUAAGAAAUGCUGUACAAAUGGCUGUGGCAAUACAUGUAUGCCUGCAUAUGACCCAUUGGCCAACAAUUUCAGUGAAUGUCCCCUGGUUACUGACAUGGGAACCUGUAUGGAGGAGUGUUCAGUGGACACAGACUGUGGGUCUGAGAGUCAAGUCUGCUGUUUCAAUGGCUGUGGACAUACAUGUAUUAAUACCAUGCCUGAAGAACCAGUGGAACCCACAAGCACCUGCCCCAAGUGCCUGAGUGGAAUUGACAAUGUGGCUUUGGACUUCAAUGAUUUGGUUUGCUCUGCUGACUACAUGAUGGUGGUGAAGUACAGGGCUAAGGAUAACCGUGUCCGCACCCUGCGUGACGUCAUUCUAGACAUUGAUGUGUCGCAGCCAUCACGUAUCCUAAGCCUGGAGGAAUCGUGUACCUGUGAUAUUCUGGAAUCAGAUCGGUUUAUCGUCAUUGGUCAGACAAGUAACAUUUUGAUUGGCAAAGGCAAAAAGAGACAAUUCUACCUGGGCAACGAUGCGACAAUCCUCUCUGUGAAGGCCAAGAGACAGCUUGAAGCUUUGAGAGAACAGUGCUCUACUCCAUAGACAACUCAUUCUCUUCCUGGUCAUCCAAUAACUAAAUCAGUCUCUUGUUUUGUAGUGGAUUGAAUGAGCAGAGAACGAACUUUGUGAUCUGUAUUCCUAGAACCAAUGCACCACAAGUUGAUUAAAGGGCCUUUUCAUAAAAGAACUAGAUGAAGGAUUUAGACCAGUAAAGAGAGGUUUAACAAGAAGUAAUAUUGGACUUAUACUCCAAGCUCCCUCGGAGUUUGAACCACAAAUUGGAUAACAAUUGUACUAAAAAAAAAAUGAUGAAACAAAAGUGAAUAAUAUAAAGAAAAUGUUGCAUUGGUGUCAAAUUGCAAGAUUUUGUCAUAAAAUACUUAAAUGUCCUUUGUAUGGAUUUGUAUCUGCUUUUUCAGGGUUAUUUCAUUUCAAAGGAUGCAUUAAUUUUUUUAAAAAGGAAAUUUUCUAGCGCUUGAUGUAUAACUUUAUAUGUGAGUAGGAUUUGUUUACCAAUGUUUUCCACAUGUCUUAAUAUUUUUUAAAUACUGUAUGUAUUUUUGAUAUUUUUGAUAUUGGUGAUUUUACUUAAAAUUACAUUGGCAUAAUUUGUUACCGCGCUUUUAUAAACAAGUCAAAAGCCUCUAUCUACUGUGAAAAACACUAUUUUUGUAAAAUUGUUCAUGUGUGAAGUGUUAUUAAGUACCUGCACACAAUAUUAUUGUAACACCUGUCUUAAUAGAACUUUAAACUUUCAAAAGUAUCUUGAAAAGUUGCAUCAUGUUUUGAUAUGUUUUAUCAUAGUUGUUCAGUCUGUAGUAAACUACUUACAUACUCUAUACCAUAGUUAAGCAGCUUGGUGACGUUGAGUUGUAUACUUUAGGUUACAAUUUCAAAAGAUCUUGUAGGUGAAUAGACCUUAAACAAGCUGUCACCAUCUUGGUCAUAUUCCCUGUUUCCAAUAACAGUAAUGGGUGCUCACAUUAUUAUGUCAUCCAGCCUCAGUCUGGUUACAAUGAGUUGGAAUGGAGUAAAAUCAAGAUGACCACACCUUGAUAAAGUUCUAUUGCUACCAUCUGCAUGUUUGGUAAGCAAUAUGAGGGACAUAAAGUUUGGGCACAUUCCUAUUAUGUUGUUUUCAGUUUGCUAUAUAUGUAUUAAUUUUACAUUUAAAGCCGAGGGUAGCUUUUAGACUGAGGAGAAGUAGAUACUUGGUCACACAUAAAUAUUGGUGCUUGUGAUUAAUAUCUUAUUCUUAUGUUCCUAACAAAUAUAUGGUGUUUAUUGGACAUUUGUUCUGUGUAUUUAGUUCAAUAUGUGUUAUGAUUGUGAAUAAUACCAUUAUGUUGUUGUUUUGGGAAAAUGUUCAGUUUUGUAUUGACACUAACGUCAGGCCAACUAGGUGAUUUUUAGAUGUAAUUGUACUGUUGUUUAUUAAUUACUGUAAUAAUUUUGUUUGUGCUAAUAAAAUAUAUCAAGCAUUUUGAGUAAAAACAGAGACUUCCCCGUUUGAUACCUUGGAUCCUGAAGCAAUUAUAAGGGGAUACAAAUUUGCAGUGGGAAUAUAUAAUAAAAAAAACUCUUCCCAG